AUGUCACCGGAGAUGGAAUUCGUGAAGUAUUUAGGAAAGGGUACGUACGGCUCCGUCGAUCUCUUCCGUUACAACAAAGGCGACGGUUCAACGUUCUACACCGCCGUGAAAAUCUCCGAUCACAAGAGUUUCGACAGAGAGUUUCAGAUUUUGUCGGAACUCAAAGGAUGUCCUAGAAUCGUACAAGUGUUUGGCAACUCUCUGAUUCAAGGAACCGAUUCUAAUGGAAAGGAAGUUUACAAGAUGCCAAUGGAGUAUGCAGCUGCUGGUAACCUAACAAGUUUCAUCAAAAGAAACAAAAACUUGUCUGAUUCGAUGAUUAAAGACUUCACUCGUAUGAUUCUACAAGGGUUAGUCUCGAUUCAUAGUCUUGGUUAUGUUCAUUGCGAUCUUAAACCGGACAAUCUUCUUCUGUUUCCCCGGUACGAUGAAGAAUCGUGGAAUUGUUCGUACGAUUUGAAGAUUUCGGAUUUUGGAUUGUCGAUAAAGGCAGGAGAAGACUCUGAUUGUUGGGAAAUCGAUUCUCCUUUCGUCGGAACGCCUGUCUACAUGUCUCCCGAGUCGGUCGAUGAUGGUUCGGUCGAGAAAACCCUAGAUUUGUGGUCGUUAGGUUGCAUAGUGUUGGAGAUGCAUACCGGUAAGACCCCAUGGGUAGGGGUUAGUAUCAAUGAUCUUCAGGAAUUUCUUGCGGAAGGAAAAAACGUACCGGAGAUUCCGAAUACUGUACCGUGUGAUGCAAGGCAGUUUAUAGAGACGUGUUUCGCAAGGAAACUUGAAGAUAGAGGAACUGCUUCGGAGUUGUUGUUGCAUCCGUUUUUGAUCAGAGAGACGAAGGGAAUGCUGUUGAGGAGGAGGAGAAGAACUCCGGCGAAAGUGGAAGAGCUUACAAAGAAGCCAUCGAAGUUGAAGGUUAUUACAUCAAAGUCCCCAGAGUUUAAGAAAAUAGCGAAUAAACCACGAAGGAUUAAGAUUCUUCCUCCGAGACCUCCGAUUUCCAGCUUUGUUCCUGUUUAG